GUGGGUCACUGAACAUAAGAACUGAACCCAUAUAGCGAUCGAUUGGUGUUCUAAAGAACUAAGAAUGUCGGAGAAGAGAGAAGCAGAUUGAGCACGACGAGAGGCCGGUAGCCAACCUAAUCAUAUUCAGCAUUUCUUGCAGCUACAAAAGUUUUAUGUGGAGAAGAUGAGGAUAAUAGGUUUGACAGGUGGAAUAGCAACUGGGAAGAGUACUGUUUCCAAUCUUUUUAAAGCUAAUGGCUUUCCGGUCGUCGAUGCUGAUGUCAUAGCCCGAGAUGUACUGAAGAAAGGUAGUGGUGGUUGGAGGAAGGUUGUAGCAGCUUUUGGAGAAGACAUAUUGCUGGCGAAUGGGGAAGUUGAUCGACCCAAAUUGGGCCAAAUUGUAUUCGGUGAUCCUUCUAAACGCCAGCUUCUUAAUCGGCUUCUUGCCCCUUACAUUUCAAAUGGAAUAUUUUGGGAAGUUUUUAAAUUAUGGAUUAAGGGUUAUAAAAUCAUCGUUCUUGACGUCCCUUUACUAUACGAGGCCAAAAUGGACCGUUGGACAAACCCAAAUAUUGUUGUAUGGAUUGAUCCCGAAACACAACUCAAACGUCUCAUGGCGAGAGACAGAACAUCUGCACAAGACGCUCAAAACAGGAUAAAUGCCCAAAUGCCUUUGGAUUUAAAGAGAUCGAAAGCAGACAUAGUGAUCGAUAACAAUGGAUUAUUAGAGGACUUAGACGAAAAUUUCAAGAAGGUAUUAGAUCAAGUUACCAAGCCUUUGACAUGGACCGAGUUUUGGCUUUCUAGACAGGGUGCUAUAGCGGCUUUUAUGUUGAUACUUACCGGUGUUAUUGGAUGCAAGAAGUUGCUUGCACGCGUAUGAUUUUACAUUCACUUAUAAAAAUUUGAGAAUAAAUAUAAUAAAUUUGAUGUUCUGUCUGUCUUGUUACAAUUAUAACUCGUAGGCGUGUUCAUAACAAUUUGGUGAUUGGAUUUGUUUAAAAGAUGCAUGUUUGUUAUUGAUAAGAACAAAGUUUUCGCUUUUAUGCUACUUUUAGUUAUUAGUGCAA